CGUCUUUUUCCUUGCUGGACAUAAUUCCUCUUUUCAUGGGCGGCCGUUGUUUGCUUGUAUAGAAAAGUGUUCUCGCCAAUGAACCUCAACGACCUCAGGAGGCUAGAGAUCGAUAUCGAUAUCUUCCUCAACCGGUUCAUCCCGCAUCCCCGAUGGCACCGAUAUCCAUAUCCUGUGGCCCAUUUCCUCGGCCAUAGACGUGAAGCAGUGCCCAAGCUCGGGACGCUGGUGGUUAUAUUUUGGACGUUCAUUGGCGUCUUCUGUGGCCUGUUGACCAUCACCGGAAUAUCUCAACAUAUCCCUUCUUUCAAACAACAUGAUGCUCCCCUCGUAGUUGGCAGUUUCGUAUGUACUCUCUCGAUGCCCCCUUUGACUACGAACCCCCUGAUCAACUGACCAAAGACACCUUUUCUGCUGGUUAGGGAGCUGCAGCCGUGCUUGCAUAUUGUGCCAUAGAAUCACCCCUCGCACAGCUCAGGAACGCCAUUCUUGGACACUUUUUGGCGGCCGUUGUCGGGGUCGGGAUCACGAAGCUAUUUGGCCUCCAUCCCCGUCAUGAGGAGCUCUACUGGAUAGCUGGUCCGCUGUGCUGUGCUGUUGCCACGCUGGUGAUGGCUCUCACAAAAACCGUCCAUCCUCCAGCAGGCGCCACAGCUUUGCUCUCGGCCGUCGACCCUAGGACAAGGCACCUUGGCUGGUUCCUCCUGCCUGUCGUCCUUCUUGGCUGCAUUCUCAUUCUUGUUACAGCUCUGAUAUUCAACAAUAUCGAACGGCGCUUUCCCACACACUGGUGGACUCCUGUCAGCCUGAUCCCACCAAAGGCGGCAGACCUCGAGUCUUCGACUUCAGAGGAAACUGUCCACCCUGACCUAUCCGACGAAUCGCCCCCUGACGAAGGCAACGACAAGCAGCCCGGAGAUCAGAUCAUCAUCAGACCUGGACAAGUCGAUGUAUCAGGAUCCAUCACACUCACUGCCAUUGAAUAUGACUUCCUCGAACGACUUUGUAGACGUAUCAUAGACAUAGACGAGAAAGACGCUUCGACCGAAGAAAAAGAAAAAGCAAACGAAACCAGACAAAACUAGACAUUUUUUUUUUUUUCUCUUUUCCUCAUGUUGUUCCUUUCUACUGUCCCUUAACCCUUUAUCUACUAUUUGUUUCUUCUUUUUUUCACAUAGUUAUUAGACCAGCUCAACCAGUCACUAGUAGUUAUCAAAGCGCCCCUAUUUUGACCAAGC